AUGAAUGACGACAGCCACGCAUACCCCAUUGCUGAUGUCGCUCUAACGUCAAAACUGCACAGUCUCAUCAAUUUAUCCAGCUCAUAUGAGCAACUGCGAAAAGGCAUUAGCGAAA